AACAAGUGUCUGAAGGAAUUUUAAUAGAUACCAAAGGCCACUCUGCCAGGUACUAGAAGGACACUUCCUUCUGAUAAAUAUCGUACAUAUACUUACUCCUAACAUGACCGCCCUUCUCAUAGUCUCCAAUCGACCAUUAGAUUGUGGAUUUAUCGUUGAGGACUCACUUGUACAAAACACAAACGUGUUCAUCAGCCUGCGCAUACCGGCGGUCAUGGUCCGGAGGCUGUCCAACCCAGCUGCCCUAAACGCGCCCUUCUUCCAUCCAGUAACGAUAUUCCAGCGACCGCCCUUGGUCAUAUGGGCAAGAGUUGACGGUUAUUUUUGUAAGAAAGGGAGGUUCGAAGGAGAUGGAGGCUGUGAGAGCAAAGCCGGGUGCUCGGUCACCGUUGCCAUGGCUGGGAUAGGCUAUAGGCUACCCACAAUCGAAGGUUCCGUCACCGGCUAUUACGCUGCGCAUUGGAUACAGUUGUUGAUCGAGCCUUCGUACGUGUCAUGGCCACCGCGACAUGUGCCCAACCGUCGACAUCUCAAAUGCAUUCAGCAUAAUCUGCUUUCCCCCCGCAAUGAUGGGAAACGCUCCGUGCGCCUUCUGCUCAGCCAUAGUUGGUUCCGCUUCUGUGGCUCUAGCAACAAGGGAGGAGCUGAGGCAGACGUGCUCGUAGACCAGUUCGACAUGACUCGAGCCAUCGACACCACCCGCGGCGAAACAGGAGGAUGUCUGCGGUAUGUCCUUGACAUGGUUGGACGCACAUCUUCUGGGUUGACGGGGGAGCCGAAGAACCGACACUCGCGUAUUCACUACUAUGGUAUUCUCAUCAAGUUCCUUCAUAUCUGUGAGCCUGUUGCGGAGCAACUUAUGCGAUCGCUGGAGCGUUUGCUUGAGAGUGAGGCGUUAAUACCACCGGGCUUGAUCGUGCGAAAGGCACGCCUGGCGGGGGUGGAUGAUGCGCCGAAGAUGCUAAGGGAUGGGUCGGCUUCGAAUAGGAGAAUUGUCAUUGAUUCAGAUAGUUCCGGCGCCUUGCAGACAUGA